AGACGUCUGGGUGCUCAACAGUUGAGAGGCAAUGUUUUCAUUUUGAUUCUGAAACUGAGGCCUGAGGCGGUCCAUCUGUAUCCUUUCUUUACUUUCCUGCCCGGCCCCAGCAGCCGUUUCACUUGCAGGUUGUUUUUUAUAUCUUUACUUGAUCAUGAGUUCGGUAUCAAAGGUCGGUGAAAUUUUUUCAGCUGCUGGAGAAGCAUUUAGUCGCCUUGGGGAACUGACUAUGCAGCUACAUCCCAUGGCAGAGCCUUCUCCAACAAGUGGCAAGUGGACUGAUGAAGAAAUUGAGAUGCUGCGAUCGUCGAUCAAGACUUUUGGAGACGAUCUCCAAAAAAUCAGUGAAACCAUCAAGACAAGAACAGUAUCUCAGAUCAGGACAGCGAUGAAGAAAAAAGCCCAGGAGCAGGCAGCAGCUCACAAACAAGAUGCAGAGAGGAAGGCACAGAUGAACAGCCGGCAAGAGGAAAACAGCACGGCACCCUCUGGUGAUGAGCCCCCGUUGAAGAAGCAGAAGCAGUCAGAGGUCACCUUGAAUAUGCUGAACUCGACGGAAACUCCGGGAGAUUCGCUGGUGGACAUCGAAGGACUCGAGGAAACCCCCAUGAAGAAGCUAGAGUUUGGCUUGUCGUCCAACACCGACCAAGAAGAUCUGAACCUGGAUUCCAAUCUGAUGGGAUCAGGCUCAGACAUAGAAUCGCUGCAAAGGUGAAAGCUGAUGGGACCUUCAGAUGUACUGAGUACCACUGAUAUGAUCAGCAGGUCAUCAGGCCAAUGAUUUUUAACUGGAAAAAGAAAAGGUCCAAAAAAAGUCUGGAAUCGCCUUUUUAUAAACUUUAUUUUGUGUACUAAAGUGGAAAGUUGAGUCAUUUUUUUUUAUUCUGGCGGAAAAAUAUUGUUGGAGUAUCUUCAGUCCAACACGCAUUUGUUGAGGUCGAAAUAGAAUUUGUUAAACAGUUUCAUCAUGCCUGAAACAGAAUGUAGGACCAUUAACCCUAACAGCCCUGAAUCCUCCAAUUUUAAUAUGAUUUUUUAAAAAUGAUAGGCGAACAGUUUUAAGCAUGGAAAACCUUCAUGUGUAAGCUAAAGAUUCUUCAGUCUGUGAGUAGGUGAUGUACAUAGUACAAUGUUACAGCUGCUUCAAGUAGAUGUUUUUCAAGCUGUAAGGAUGUCUAAGUCCCUUUGGUAGGUGUUCUGGGGUAACUUCAAAUCCUGUAAGGCGGCGCUCAUGUUUUUAAACAAAAAUCAGUGCCGUGGUGAAGCGUACACCAGUUUUACCACUUAUCUCUUGUGAAUAAACAAAUACAUACUCUUUCCAUU